AUGGAUCGGAGUUGGAUAAAUUUGAUACGUACAACAAAUGAAUAUGAGAGUGGAGUAGAACAAUUUCUUGAAUUUGCAAAGAUGAAUGUUCCAGACAAUAACGGAAGAUUCUAUUGUCCGUGUGUUAAUUGUUUGAAUGAGCGAAAAUUACCAACUGAAGUUAUUCGAGAGCAUGUUCUAUGUGAUGGAUUCCUAAAGAGCUACACAAAGUGGACAUGGCAUGGUGAAUUAAUAGACAUGCCAAGUGUAAGUGACUCUCAAGUAGAAAUAGAAGAAGUUGAUUUAGAGAUGGGUGAUCGGUUAGAGGACAUGAUAUGUGAUGUCGGACAUGAUUCCUUCCAACGUGCUCAUAUGUAUGACAGCUUGUGCAGUGACGCAGAAAAACCUUUAUAUCCAGAAUGCACUAAGUAUACUCGAUUGCCAGCUGUGUUAAAAUUGUUCAAUGUAAAGGCAAGAAAUGGGUGGACUGAUAAAAGCUUCACAGAGUUGCUUGAGUUGUUGAGUGACAUGCUUCCAGAAGGUAACACAUUGCCAACACGCAAUUAUGAUGCGAAGAAGAUAUUGUGUCCCAUGGGUAUGGAGUAUAAAAAAAUUCAUGCAUGCCCAAAUGAUUGUAUUUUGUACAAGAGCGAGUUUGCCAAGUUACAUCAAUGUCCACAAUGUGGGGUAUCACGAUACAAACAAAAAGAGGGUGAGUUUGAAUGUGAUAGUAAGGGUCCUCCUGCAAAAGUCUUAUGGUAUCUUCCUCUUGUUCCACGAUUGAAACGCUUGUUCAGUAACUCAAAUGAUGCAAAACUCAUGAGAUGGCAUGCAGAUGGACGUAUAAAAGAUGGGAAUUUAAGGCAUCCAGCAGAUGCAAUGCAGUGGAAGAAUUUUGAUUCCAUGUUCCCUAAUUUCUGUAAAGAUUCAAGAAACAUUAGGUUUGGACUUGCCACAGAUGGAAUGAAUCCAUAUGGAAACUUGAGCAGUAAACAUAGCUCGUGGCCUGUGAUGUUAGUGAUUUACAAUUUACCUCCAUGGUUGUGUAUGAAACGCAAAUAUGUGAUGUUAUCCUUGAUGAUCUCGGGUCCAAGACAACCAGGAAACGACAUUGAUGUUUAUUUAGCCCCAUUAGUUGAAGAUUUAAAGAUGUUAUGGGAGGAAGGUGUUGAUAUGUUAUAG